GCACCGCCCUCCCUCCUCACCUCGCAACGCACACGCAGACCCAUCUCUCCUGCCCGCCCGCAGUUCCGCAGCUGCCAGCCAUGUCCAGCAAUAGCUCCGCCUCGUCUCGGUUCGCGCGGUGCAGGAGACCGCCUCUCCCCUACUCCGAGAACCCGCUGGAGUACGAGCCAGCUGUUUUUUGCAGCUGCGGCGCUAAGGCAGCCCGGCUGACGUCCUGGACAGACGCCAACCCCGGCCGGAGAUACAUGUCCUGCUCACGGGCGACGGGUUGCCCUCUCCCUCACUGGCGCUGGCUUGAUCCCAAGCCGAGCGCGUACAUGCGUGAGCUUCUUGUGGGUCUUCGCGACAGGAUCCGUGUGCUGGAGGAGGACAACGAUGUACUCAGCAGUCCCGCCUUCCGAGGCAACGUUUCUGACCAACACCAUGACCGGCGUUGGGGGUGCCGUCUAGGCGCCGCUUUGGUCUUGGUGCUGUUAUUCGCUCUAGCUGGCUUUGCCUCCCGCCUACCGGUGGUCUGAUGGCAGUUCUUGCUAUGGUUUGUCUCGCGCAUGUAGCAGUCAUUGAUACGAGUAUGGUUAUGUUGUUACUUGUGUGCCGUUGAUCUAAGAUUAUGUUAGUAGUCUUUGCUGGUAGCUUAUUGGAAGGAAAUGUUGACGUAGUCAACUCAUUGGUGUGGGUCUAUUUCAUCGCAGGCAAACAUGUGAUGCGGGCCGGCCCUUGGUCAGCAAAAAUUCAGCAAAUGUGAAUA